AUGUUUACCUUGCUGCAUCUUCAUUCCCUUUUUAUUCAAUAUGGAUCACUGCUUUCAUCAAUCCUCGGUUCUUUCUUUCUUUCUUUCUUUCUUUCUUUCAGUUUAAUUUUUCUUUCUUUCCAUUUUGCGUUCUACUUCCCAUCUCAACGUACAUUCAUUCUUUCUUUCUUUCUUUCUUUCUUUCUUUCUUUCUUAUUUUCGGGUCAAUUAUUAUUUCUAUUUUGCCCUAUGCAUCUCACGUCAACUUUUCCUACUUUUACAUUUUUCGUUCCACUUCCCAUGUUAACGUUAUUUCUUUCUUUCUUUCUUUCUUUCUUUCUUUCUUUCUUUCUUUCUUUCUUUCUUUCUUUCUUUCUUGUCAGUUAUUCUUUCUUACUAUUUUACUACGUAUGUCCCACGUUAAAGUUCUUGCAUGCUUUCUUUCUUUCUUUCUUUCUUUCUUUCUUUCUUUCUUUCUUAUUUCCAGGUCAGUUAUUCUUUCUAUCAAAUGUUUUUUGUUUUGUUUUGUUUUUUUAUCUGUUACUUAUAAGUUUUAAUUUCUCUUUCCCACAAGGGAAUGGAUAG